AUGGCCAUGGAAUCCAUGGCACAGGAGCCCACACUGAGGCUGCCCCUCUCGGACAAGGAUCUUGACCUAAAGGCAGCAAACAAGAUCCUGGCCAGCGCGCAGACCCGUGAGAAGUUCCUAAAGAUCGUGCAGUAUGCCUCCAAGCUCUUCUCCUACGCGCUGCUCCGCAGCUCUGCCUACAAAGACCUAGGCAAGCACUUCGAGGCUCUUUCCAAGAGCCUCUCAACAGCUCGGCGAUUCUUCAAGUUCUUCAGGUUCAUGAAGCAUUUCGAGGAUGUUGCAGAAGCACGAGAGGAACAGAACCCCACAUUUCGCUCCCUGCUCUUCAUUGACAUCUUUGCAAAUCUUGUGGCAGACAUCUCCGAGGACCUGCAAAGCCUUGUAUGCACAUCAGCACUCAUUUCGUGCGGCGUGUCUCCCGACUUGACACUUCGCGACCUGACUCUCUGUCUCUGA